UAAUAUUCAUUAAGUAAUCCUCGACCAUAGUAAGAGUUGUUUCGUAUUUUAGCGCGGUCAGGUUUAAGUUCAUUAUUUUGUAAUUCCUAAUUUUUUCAACAGUUAAAAUUGUUGUAGCAGCGCAUGAGUGAGACAGUGACCCUUUUCAAUUCAUACGGAGAAAGCGACACUAUGAGUUUACUAUGAAAUACAUGAAUUUAUUGGUUUUGUUGUUACUGAAUGUCAUACUUACUGCUAAAAGUCACUUGGAUUUGGCCUGGGCCCAAGGAUCCUUUAAAACCAGAUCAAGACGAGACAUUUCCUGUAGAGAGGGCCUGGAAUAUGCAAAUGACAAAGUUUGCUGCUUGAACUGCCCAGCUGGAACCCAUGUGAAAAGAGCUUGUGUUAAUAAUUCAGAAAAAGGAGAAUGUGAAUCAUGCCCGUUUGACUCUUACACUGAGCAUGGCAAUGGACUGGAAAAGUGUUUAUCCUGUACAAAGUGCCGCAUAGAUCAGGACACUGUAGAGGUAUGCACGAGUACCCAGAACACACGGUGUGUGUGCAAACGGGGGUCAUUUUGUUUACCGGACCAGGCAUGUGAGUUGUGCAAGAAAUGCAGCAAAUGCAAAGAUGAUGAGGAAAUGGUAGAAAGCUGUACAGUCAAUUCCAACACAGUUUGUAGAAAGAGAAACUCUCCGGACGGCUCUCUCUCAGUGAUGUUUCUUGUUGUUUUGCCACUGAUUGCAAUGCUGGUGUGCAUUGUGAGUAUUGUCUACUGGAAGAAGUCAAAAUCGGGUAAAAGAGCAAUAGCCCCAAGAAGUCCAAAGGAAAUGGUCAAGAUCUGUAUGGGUGACGGUGAUGAGUUGAGGGAAGAGAGGCAGAAUUCCAAGAUGGAUGACUCCUCGCCACUGCAGCCAUUCCUUGAGCUAAACUAUGUGGAACGUGAGCCAUCAAGAAGACUUGUUCCAUUGAACGGAGAAGAAUCGUUGAAGAAAACGUUCGAGUUGUUUGAGGAAAUAGAUGUCCACUACCAUAACAGAUUUUUCCGGUUUAUUGGACUGAGUGAUAACGCAAUAAAAACCGCAGAGUCUCUUAUUCCAGAAGACAAAGUUUAUGAACUGUUAAAAGUCUGGUUGGAAAAGGAGGGAAUGAAGGCAGAUUUCAACAACCUUAUUGAAGCAUUAAUUUAUUUAGACCAAAGACUGUCAGCAGAAAACAUCAUUGCAAAGGCAAUUAGUAAUAAGUUUUUUAGAUAUGAAGACGAGUCACAGGAGACAUCCAGUGAUUCGCACUCUGAGUGAUCACAAGGGAGAAAGAUACAGUAUUAUUUCAUAAACCUUUAAAAAUAGAAAAAAAAAUGUUUCAUUGAUGUUAUUGUUAUGUUGGUCAAUAUGGUGCAUACAUCUAGAGAGGGCCAAUGCUAUGCUAUUGUUUACAAACAUAAGUUACAUUAGAAUUUUUGUCUGUCUGCUCUUUAUAUUAUGAAAUUUGUGUUACUUAUUAUGCUUUGGUGGAAUUCUUUCUGACACCGGAUAAGAUGUUUACAAAUGUUGUGGCAAUUUGCAUUAUUUUGUUAACUAAUAAAGGCAAUUCAUAUUAUUAUGA